UUUUCAGGAUGUCGGCCGUUUCAGUGUAGAUGAGCAGAGUUGGAUCCCGGCUGCCGCUGCACUCGAGCUGUCUGCUGACCCCUGCAUGGCCAAGGAUGCAUCAGAGUAUCUCACCUCCCUCGGACUGACGGGGAAGGAGAGAACCAUCAACCGCUCCUUAUCUUCACCCACUGUGGCCAAAGUGGAGGAGUCAAAAGAAGACAAAGGCAGCUCAGUGAAGGAGCGGCUGACGCUGAACCUCAAACAGCUGGGCAAAAAGAGCCAACCCAGGAGUCACCUGCCAACAGCAACUAAAGGAGCGUCAAAGAGAAGAGACAGACUGGUGCCCUCAUCACAGACAGACAGCUUCCCUGCCUCCAGCUCAGGUGAGUCCCUGUCGAAGACCCAGAGGCAGAAACAUGUGAACCAGAGCUCUGUGAAGAGUGAACCAGAGGUGAAGACGAGGCCCAGGCACGAGGAGGAGGCCCGUUUCACCCUGAUGCUCACACCUGAGGCUGUUCUCCUGCUGCAGAGGAGGAGCGGUGAGAGGCCUCAACGUUCAGCAGUAAGAAACGCUGAGAGUGUGGCCGGUGUUUCCGGAAGUGCCACCGAUUUCAGACGCCGGAGGGAGAACAUCUCCAAAAGGCAUCAGACGCCUACGCAGAGACACAGCGCUCCGACCAGCAGGGCACCUGGGAAAAACAACAGCGUGGACGAGCUGCGAGACAUCAGCUCCAUUUUGAAAAUCUCACUUCUGAACGAGCAGCACAAGUACGACGACGUGGAGUACGAGGACGAGGGGGACUACGGUGUGGAUGAGCGAGUGGUGCUGAAAUGUACUGAGUGGCUCCGUGGGCUGGAAAACACUCCGGUGACUGUGGGGAACAGCCUGAGUAAGAGUGUGAGCGGCGUGAAAAGUUUCUAAAGGUGAAGAGAUGAGACUCCAGCUUCUAUUUCUGUGUUUGUCAGAUGUUCACUGGCCCACUUGUUUUUCAGUUGAUCACCUAUAGAUUUUAAGUCAGUCAUCGCAGCCUUUUGAGUUAUUUGCAGAGUUUUUGCACUUCAGAGUCGAAAUGACCACGUGGCUGCAAGUAAAAUGUCUUACAUGUGAUUUUGAGAUAAAUGUAUCCUACACCGAUCCGUGCUCAUUUUCUAACAAGGUGAACCAGUGUUGGUGCUUCUGAAGUGCUGGCAUACAAGUGUGUUAAAUCACUGUAAAAAGAAAUUGUUUUCCAACUUAAGAUAAUACUUCAGCUGCUAACACACAAAUUAAGUGUUUUCAAACUAAAGUUAGCAAUUGUGUUAGUAUAACUUUUUUUACUUUAAGUUGAACAAACUUUAUUUAUUUGUGUGUGACCAAUUGAAGCUAUUUUUCUAGUUGGUCACAUAAUUUUAAUUUUUCAGCUGUAAUUUCACUUUUUAAAAUCUGUAUCCAAGUGGAGGCAGAUUCUUUGUAUAGAGACGACGUGUAAUUCACCAGCACAGAAAACUGACUGUGUUGAUAAUGUGGUGGAGACUCAGACAUAUCACAGAACCUGAAGAUGUCGACUGCUCUGUUUAAUGUCUCUUCAGAUGGAAACCUAAGGGCAAAACUGUGAUAUAUCUAGAAUACUUCUAUUUGAUGGAAUGAUGCAGCUAUAAGUAGUUGAGUGCAUAAACCUCAGCCAAAGCUGAACAGUCCUACACAUGAUUGACUUGUUCACAUAGUAGACAUUUUUUUAGACUUAUUACUUCUGCAAAACUUGGUGGAAUGAUGCAAUGGGAUUCAGGGAAGACGCCAUUCAAUUUAAUAUUGGAUCAGGGGACAGAUCAAGGAAGUGCUUUCACUUUCUUUAAAGUUGUGAGAUAGUUUUUGUUGAUUUCUCAGGAAAUAGUUAAUAGAUGUUAAUGAAAGAAGCCGGAUCAUUUUAGGAGUCUGAUAUCUAUGUGUGUGGAAUUUGGUGCAGAUCCAAAUAAAAUGUAUGUCACUCUCGUUUUUCAUAAAGCAAAUAAUAAUACAUUCCUGGAUUCACCCAUUAAUUAGCAUCUGCACCAAACUUUAAUGGGUUCAUCUCAGGCCAAAGCCUCACCCCUCCACUUAGUUUGUCAGUUCAGUAGCUUUGGAUUAAACCUCCAAACAAUUAAACUUGACACAGAUGGGUAAAAACACAACCUCCUUGGUGGAGAUUAGAAAGUUCUGGGUUUGAAGAUGUCACCCAGUGUAAACACAUGCAGCUUCAAUGCAGAGGUGGGAGAUGAUACAUAUAAUAUAUGAUCAUGACAGCAUGGAAUAAGAAGAUAUUCCAACCUUAAAUCUAAUGUAAAUCAAGGAGGAAACUGAGAAGUUGAUUUUAAUUCUUUUCUGUACAUUUUUCAUUCUUCUAUAAUCAGGUGUCAAAGCAUCUGUUCUUCUUUACUUUGUGAUAAUACAGUAAUGCUUGUAAAAAAUGUUAUUAUACAAUGACAAAUCAUUUACUGGCUUUAAUAAAUGGUUUUAUAUUAUAUUUAUUAUUCUUCACAUGGAGAACUGGGGGAAAAACGUUUUUUUUUAAAUAAAUAAAAAGAUUCCCUUCAAAGUG